CGAUGAGCCUUCCCUCUUCUCGUUAGGUCGUCUCGUCAGUCGGGCAGAGCCAGCAUAUAAAUCGGCCUCGUCCCAACCCGACCCUGGCUUAACCUGGUUGCGGGCAGGUUGCUGCCCACCGGCCUACCUCUAGGCAGCUCUCCAGGCACAAGCAAGCACAGAGAGGAUAGCCCAGGAUGGUACCCGUUCCGCGGCCCGAGCUGCCGCGCAUCAUCACGUACUACCAGACGCACCACACGCCCGAUGGCCGCCCCAUCUCGGUGCUCCCGCUGCUGACGGAGCCCGGCAUCUCGGUCACGCACGUCAUCGUCGCCGCCAUCCACCUCAACGAGGACCCGAGCGCCAUAACGCUCAACGACCACCACCCGGACCACGCGCGCUUCGACACGCUGUGGGCCGAGAUGCGCGUGCUGCAGGCCUCGGGCGUGCGCGUGCUGGGCAUGCUCGGCGGCGCCGCCAAGGGCUCCUUCGCUAGGCUCGACGGCGGCCCGGCCCAGUUCGAGACCUACUACGCGCCCCUGCGCGAGCUGGUCCGCGCCCGCGCCCUCGACGGCCUCGACCUUGACGUCGAGGAGGACAUGUCUCUGGCUGGCGUCGUGCGCCUCAUCGACCGCCUGCGCGCCGACUUUGGCCGCGACUUCAUCAUCACCCUGGCCCCCGUCGCGUCCGCCCUGCUCGGCGACCACGACCCGCGCCGCAACCUGAGCGGCUUCGGCUACGAGGCCCUACACGCCGCGCGCGGGAGCGAGGUCGCCUGGCUCAACACGCAGUUCUACUGCGGCUGGGGCGACUGCUCCUCCCCGCACAUGUACAACGCCGCCGUGGCCCGCGGCGUCUGGCCGGCCGAGAAGAUUGUCGUCGGGCUCAUAACAAACCCGGCCAGCGGCGGCGGCUGGACGCCCUGGGAGGCCCUGAUGUACGUGCUCCCUCUCCUGGCCGGCCACCACGCCCGCUUCGGAGGCGUUAUGGGCUGGGAGUACUUCAACAGCCUGCCCGGUGGCGAGGACCGGCCCUGGGAGUGGGCCAUGUUCAUGACGGCGCUCCUCAGGGGCGAGCGCGCCGUCGCGGACGGCGAGCAGCCCGUGCUCAAGGCCAUCGAGAGCGAGGCGCAGAGGGAGCACGUCGAACUGGAGGAGGAGAAGGAGAAGCAGAUGGAGAAGAAGGCGGAGGAAGAGCAAAAGUGUGCCGAGGGGAAAGCAACGCAGCAGCAGCAGCAGCAGCAGCCUUCACACGAGGUUGACGGCCAGCAAGGUCCCGAGGCCCCCGUCCCUGGAGAUUUCGAUUACUAUUCGGACAGGCAGAAGGAUUUAGACUGACUGCACUGCCGACAAUGAAUACCGCGGGUCUUCCUCCUAUCACCUUUCGAGAUUCGAGAUAGACCGAUACCCCCACGAGCCGUGCCCCUUUACAGCCUCGAGCUACACCAGUGCCCCCGCAAUUCGUGCAUCGCAGUUGCUCGCGCCGGAUGGAUGCACUCCUCAUACCAGUCACGACCGCGGCGGAUUGCUCGUCCCUCUACACACGACGUGACUGACGUCCGCGUCUAAGCCCCUAAUGCUUCCGUCGUCACCCCUGGCCCACAUCUCCUUGAUGGCUUCAGGUUAUUUUCGUCCGCGCUGCUCACCGCCACUCGAUGCAAGGCUCGUUGGAUUGUUUUUGCAUUUCGCGUUGCUUACGGGGAAUCUGGGAAUGGAAACCGGCGUGUGGUUAGGUAGGGGCCUUGUGUCCCCCUUCGUUCUGAGAUUACGCAAUGGUAAUGCAGUACUUUUGGGGCAUACACAAGGGAUAAUAGAAACGCACCAAAUCCGCAUUUUCCCGUCCGGAAAGCCACCAACGUCAAAAGUUCCGAUAUGUCCGAUUUCCGAGGCAGCGUGG